AUGCUUAAGAUUUCACAGUGGAAAGGCGUUGUUCAUUUUGGAAAGCGAGGGAAGCUAAGUCCUCCUUACAUUGAUCCUUACAUGAUAACUGAAAGGGUAGGUGAAGUUGCUUAUAAGUUGGAACUACGUGAAGAACUUCACGACAUCCAUAACAUGUUCCAUUUAUCUAAUCUAAGGAAGUGCUUGGCUGAAGGAAGUAGUAAGCUAACUCUUAAGGAUGUAAAAGUAGACCGAACUUUGAGUUAUAUUGAAAAACCAAAAGUUAUCGUUGAUAGAAAAGCAAGAAAACUAAGAAAUAAAGAGAUUGCUCUCGUGAAAGUUCAAAGGAGACAUCAUGGAAGGCCGUAA